GACAGUUAUCGCCACCAAGGCAGUUUCUAAGGGGGUCACACUUUUCGAUAAACAAAACAACGUGCUGUUGUUAAUUAUCUAAAAACUAAAAACGCUUUAAAUAAAUUUACUAAGAUGCCACAGGGAAAGUUCAAGAAGGCAAAGGUUCCAGCCUCCAUUCAGAAGCAGCAGAAGAAAAAACAGGCCGCCUUCACCCGCCGUGCUAAUGCUCCCAUCCAGGCCAAGAAGGCCAAGUUCAAUGAGACCCAGAAGAUCAAGGCCGUCAUAUCGAAGUCUGUCAACAAGAAUGUAGAGAGCGAGCUGCGGUCCCGUGCCCACGAAGGCUACAUCCAGCUGAGUAAGGCCCAGGAGGCGGUGGCUAAGCACCAUGCCUCCCAGGCAGCUGCUGCUGCGGCGGCCAGUACCAGCAAAUCAUCAUAGUUUUGAUUUAGGAUUAUACAUGAGUGUUUCUAAUAAGUCAAAGUAAUGACUUCAGGCCUUGUAAGCCAGAGAGAGUUCUACGAACACAAGAUAAAGAGCUUUCAUAGGUACUAUCAGCAAUCAGAUGCGUUGUUUCAAUGGCUGGUUGUAUAUAGUAUCUUAAUAAUAUAAUUUUAAAUAUUAUGUUUAUAGAAAUUAAACAAUUGUACAAAUAAUUACAAAACCAAAA